AUGUAAGACUUAGCCAUCAAAAUUAUUCGGAACUUUUCGGCAAAUAUCCAUUGGGAAUAUAAAAUCCAACAAAAUGGCAGAAGUUCAAGAAAGAAACUUUUUUGAAAUAGAAGGACCAAAACCAGAUGUAAAUUAUCCAAUAAAAGUCAGAUAUUGUGGAGAAUGUACUAUGCCUUUGGAGUAUUGUGAAUACUACCCAAAUUAUGAAAAGUGCAAGCAGUGGUUAGAGAAAAAUUUACCUGAUGAAUUCAGCAAAUUGAUGUGUGACAAACCAGAGGAUGAAGGAGAUGGGGACACUGAUAAGAAAAGACAGAAAAGAGGAGGGAAAGGACAGAUAAAAACAAAGAAGAAGUCAGAGCCUAAAGGCAUUAGACUGGGAACGGCAAAGAGGGGCAAAAAGAAGCAUAUAACAGUGGUCAUAGGGCUAGGCACAUAUGAUAUUGAUCUGAAGGAAGCCAGCAAAGUGUUCUCCUCCAAAUUCUCCUGUGGAUCGUCAGUGACUGGGGAUGAUGAGAUCGUGAUUCAGGGGGAUGUGUCAGACGAUUUGUUCGAUUUCUUACCAGAAAAGUGGCCUCAGAUUGAUGAGGAUGAUAUAGAUGAUGUUGGAGAGAUGAAGAAAUAGGAAUCCUUAAACAGAUAUAUUGUUAAUGCUCUCUCUGGUAUUUGUAAUUUAUUAAAGAAGGAUAUAAUCCUGCAUGUUGUGAAAGUGCAUAAUCCUGAACAUUUGAUGGGAAGCAAACAAUCCUCAAAAAGUGAAUUGCAGCAGCAAAAUCUUGUGUCAUCCCAUUUGACAUUACCUAAGAAUUUUGUUUGGGGUGGGGGGGGGGGGGGUGGAUUUCGUUUAAAGUUUCUGUUUAUGUGUGUUGAUGGGAAAGACAUUCCUUUCAUAUUCCUCUUUUAAAAUUUCAUGUCUAUAUGGGAAAGUAGGUCAGUGUAUCAACCAUUUUUGUAAUGUAUGUAACUAAAUGGCUUGAUUUCUAUUGUACAGGAUACACUCAGAUAUUUAUGGAUACUUUUUUUUUAGGUUUUUUGUCAGAGAUCUAUUGUUAUGUUUGUGAUAGAAAUGAAAAUACCAUGAAAUAAAGGGACGCACGGUAACCAGAUACUGGUGUAUAAACUUUU